AUGGCUUCAGAACCAGAGAAUGGAAAAGGGAAUGAUCCUUGUGAGACUACACCUUUGAUGGACUCUCACCAGCAUUCCAUUCCACUGAUGUUGCCUGACACCCGGGAGAGCAUUCCUUACAAUGAUUAUCAUACCAUCGACUGGCUCCAAGAUCUCAUAAAAGAUAACCAAAGCCACGACCUUUCCACUCUACACACUCGCCGCGGAAUCCGUCAUCGUGUUUCUGAAAUUUGGGACGCCUCGCAGGGAUGGGUAGCAGCAUUUGCCAUUGGCCUUCUCACGGCAUGCGUCGCGGCUGUUGUGGACAUUAGUGUUGAGACAGCGGCGGAUUGGAAAGACGGAUAUUGUACCAGAAACGUCUUUCUUAACCGUCGGUCAUGCUGCUCUUUUGAAGAAUCCUGCCAGGCCUGGAAACCAUGGACGGAGAGCUAUAUUUCUGCAUACGCCGUCUACGUGACUAUGUCGUUGGCGUUUGGGAUUAUUGCUGGGAGCGUCACUAUGACUACAAAGUCAAAAUUGAAGUCUGUUGCUCCUGAGGACGAACAGUCCAAGAGGAAUGCAAAACAUGCUCCAGAAUCUGGUGGGAAGACCAUGUAUAUGGCUGCAGGAAGUGGUAUACCCGAGAUCAAAACAGUCCUCUCGGGCUUUUCUAUCCCUCACCUGUUCGACCUCAAAGUCCUCGUCGUCAAAGCUGUUGGAGCCACCUUCGCAGUCGCAACCGGCAUGUGUCUAGGAAAAGAAGGACCGUUCGUACACAUAUCGGCUUGCGUUGGAUACCUCGUCACCAUUUGCUUUCCAAAGUACGCCAACAAUCAGCGGAAGCUGAGGGAGAUGCUCAGCGUCGCUUGUUCAGCUGGAUUGUCUGUUGCAUUUGGAGCUCCGAUUGGCGGCGUUCUGUUCAGCUACGAGGAGAUCAGCACCCAUUUCCCUCGUCGAGUUCUUUGGCGAAGUUGCCUUUGCUCGGUUGUAGCCGCGGCGGCCCUGAAAGAACUGAACCCUACCGGAACAGGAAAGCUUGUUCUCUUCGAGACGAAUUACGGCAUAAACUACGAUGCUCUUCACUAUCUCGUCUUUGUUGUCCUCGGGAUCUGCGGUGGGGUAUUUGGUGGUGUUUUCUGUCGAGCCAACUUCCUGUGGGCCAAGUCAUUCCGCAAGAUAUCUAUCAUCAAGAACUGGCCUGUCUUUGAGCUGGCGCUUGUUACACUAGUCACCGCAGUGCUUCAGUUCCCCAACGUCUUGAUCAGAGAAACUGGAGAUAUUGUCAUGCAGCGACUACUUGUUGAUUGCAAUGACAUCCAAGAGGACUGGAUCUGCCAACAGGAAGCCAAGCUUAGUGGAAAAGGAACAUACUACGCGUGGCUCAUUUCUGGCACAUUCGUCAAACUCCUCCUAACAACCAUCACUUUUGGCUGCAAGGUUCCAUCGGGUAUUAUCAUCCCCGCUAUGGACGCUGGUGCCCUGUUCGGUCGCACCAUCGGCCAGCUCGUUCCUGACAUCUCACCGGGUGUCUUUGCUAUGGUCGGGUCGGCAGCGUUUCUAGCUGGCGUUAGCAGAAUGACUGUUAGUUUGGCUGUAAUCAUGUUUGAACUUACAGGCGAGGUCAAUUUCAUUCCCCCCUUCAUGAUUGCCAUCCUUACUGCCAAGUGGGUAGCUGAUGCUAUCAGCGCUGAUGGAGUUUACGACCUGGCUCAGCAUUUGCAGGGACACCCGUUCUUGGACGCUGAGGCUGCUAUCAAGAAAGUCAGAGAGUUUCGAGACGAUAAUGGCAGCGCGACGGUAGACGUUCUUCUUCCUGCAAAGGAUACCGUCGACGACGCGAUUGUAUCUGUUGGACCCAACCAUCAAGUUGCCACUUCAGUCCUUCGAAAUAAACUGUCCAAAAUUCAGAACCAAGGCUGUACUGACUCGGGACUUUUAUUUGUCCACGAAUCUGGGAUCUGUCGCGGAUAUGUCUCCCAGUACAAGUUGGACAAUGUACUGCAGUCGAUGGAGAAAAGAGAUGGCAUUCCAGAGCCUUCUGAGGUACAUGUUUUACAAGGCAGCCUAGCUCAGGCUAUUGACAGGAGUCCAAUAACUAUCUCGUCAAAGGCGCCUCUAGAGUAUGCAGUAGAGCUCUUUGGAAAGUUGGGCGUAAGCUAUUUGGUUGUUACUCAGGAGGACACAGCUACGGUAUUAGGAAUAGUUUCAACCAAGCACCUAUUAGCAUUCCUGGAUAGAUUCGGGUAG